AUGUUUCUUCGCCGCCUGGUGGGCUUCUGGGCCCUGGCCUUAGGCACAGUAUCCUAUGCAACCUUGGUAGGCAAGCGGGCCAUUCAAACACAGCCAAUUGAGAUCAUCAACGGAUUGUCUACAUUGUAUGAUACUUUAUCAAGUACAUUUCUCAUGCGAACUGAUGCUACCUACACUGCCACUACCCCCGUUUAUGGACAUGGUGAACCAAACACUACGUACAACAUCCCCCUCAUGGACUCUCAGUGGCCGUCUUGCGGGACUGUUAUGGUAGAGAGCCAUGUGACUAUAUUAUCGUCGACCGAUCGUAUAAUAAGUGCGCCUGAAACAACCACUCUGCCAACCGAAAACCCAUGCGACAUAGUGACCGUGAUCGUCAGAAUGCAAGGUUACAGGAAAGCUGAUACAAAUGCCUCUCUUUCCCAGACUCCGACCUUGGUUCUAUCUCCGUCCGCGUCAGAAAGUUCUACCGUUUCUCAAAGUGGUUCUGCUAUUUCUUCAGAUCCUUCAGCGUCAUCGACUACAGCAACUGGGCAAGGCACUGAUAGCAUUGUUGUUAGCAUCAUACAGACUCCUUCUCAGGACUACUCUACAACUACUGCAGAUCCUGCAGUGCCGUGGACUACAAUAACUUCUCAAGGGACUGGUACUGAUACUAUGACCAUCACGCAAUCUCCAACUAGACCUGGUGAGACAGGAACGGUCCGGGUUAUGCUCCCCAGGUCUCAAAUGACCUCGUCUUCCCCGAUUGACUAUACCACCAUCACUAGCACCGGCACCGACACCGGUACUUACACCAUCACCGAGGCCCCGUCAGGAUCUGGCCCUGGUACAGUCUUAAUUGUGGUACCAAAGUUAUCGACUCAAUACGUGACCGUGACAUCGUAUGACGGCUCAAUUACAGCUGUAUUCACGAGUACAAUAACUCCCAGUGCUCCCGGAGAGACUGGUACUGUUGUUGUCUAUGAUCCAUACGAGUGGGAGACCGUCACCUCUUAUGACGAUGCCGCUUCGUCUGACCAUACAACGACUAUGUGGCCUUCUGCGUCUGGUCAUGUAGGGACGGUAGUCAUGUAUAUGGCAUAUAGAUGGGUGACAGUCACCUCAUAUGACCAAACAAUCACAGCCGCAUCUACAAAGACUAAUUCCCCAGCAUCCCCAGACCAAACAGGUACCGUUGUGGUAUACAAGCCAGAUCCAUGGAUCACAGUUACUUCCUAUAGAAGUGUCACGGCAGCGUCAACAAACACCAUAUAUCCAACUGCUCCAGGCGCAACAGGCAACGUUGUUAUUUAUCAGCCAUACCAAUGGCAAGUCGUCACCUCUUACGAUCCAGGGAUCACAGCCGCAUCCACAACCACUUUAUCACCGUCUCCUGAAGCACAGACAGUCACCGUCAUUGUAUAUGAGCCUUAUAAGUGGGAUACCGUCACGUCUUACGGAGAGUUUACAUCUGCAUCUACAUCUACUAUAUCUCCAACUGCUCCAGAUGCAACAGGCACUGUUGUUGUGUAUCAGGCUUAUCAGUGGACGACAUUGACUUCCUUUGGAGAAUUUACAGCUGCAUCGACAUCUACCAUAUCCCCACCCACUCCAGGUCAAACUGGCACCGUGGUGGUCUUCAAUCCACAGCCAUAUAAGACCAUUAGUUCGUACGGAGAUGUUACGGCUGAAUCGACAACAACUAUAGCUCCAUCUAGUCCAGGAGAGACGGGCACCAUAGUUGUGUUCAAAUCACAGCCAUAUACGACCAUUACGUCCUACAGAGACGUCUCGACUGAUGCCACAUACACCUCGCCUCCUCCUGCUCCUGGCCAGACAGGUAUUGUUUUAGUUCUAAAGCAUCAGCCAUAUAUAACCGUUACUUCCUACGGAGGCGUUACGGCUGAAUCUACAACCACCAGAGCUCCAUUUAAUCCAGGGGAAACGGGCACUGUCGUCGUCUUUGAUCCUCAGUUUUAUGUGACUAUCACCAGAUAUGGAACCGUCACGGCUGCCGGUACAACAACUCAAAGCGGUGAUGGAUCCAGCCCAACUCUUACCGUCGUGGUUGAUCUCCCUCAGCCCUACACUACAGUCACUAGCUAUGGCUCUUUCACCGCAGCAACCACUAAAACAUAUCCUCCCUCUGUUGCAGGGGUGGUGGGCACUGUAGAAGUCGAUCUUCCGCAACCUUUUACAACCGUUACGAGAUACAGAGAUGGCCUGACCGCAGCCCAGACCACAACAUACCCAGUCGAUGUGCAAGGACAGUUUGCUACCGUCGAGGUUGAUCUACCUCAGUCCUACACGACAGUUACAAGCUACAUUCCAGGUCUCUCAGGCCCGACAACUACGACCUUACCGGCAGCUAAUCCCGGCGAUGUGAUGACUGUAGUCCUUGGUCUUCCCCAACCCUAUACAACUAUCACGACCUACGUUGACAGUCUAACUGCACCUUUGACCACGACAAAUCAAGCGGUUCGUCCUGGGGACCCUGCCACGGUUGUCAUUAAGAGUCCUCAGUUGUACACGACUGUGACUAGUUAUGGCUCUUGGACUCAACCUCUUACUACAACAUUAUCUCCGAUUGUUCCCGGAGGCUUGGCUACUGUUCUUGUAGAGAGUCCUCAGCUGUACACAACUGUUACCAGUUAUGGCCCCUAUCCAGCAGCUAUAACAACCACCCUAGCACCGGCAUCUCCAGGUGGCAUUGCUAGUGUUGUGAUAAAGCUUCCUCAGCCAUAUACGACUGUGACUAGUUACGGUCCCUUUACAGCACCAUCAACCACUACAAUGACACCAGCAUCACAAGGUGGUGUAGCCACUGUUGUUAUACAAUCACCCCAGCCAUAUACGACUAUAACUAGUUACGGUCCCUUUUCAGGGGUAGCAACCACCACAAUGGCACCAGCGUAUCAAGGCGGUGUAGGCACCGUUGUCGUACAAUCACCCCAGCCAUAUACAACCGUAACCAGUUAUGGUUCCUUUACAGCACCAUCAACCACUACAAUGGCACCGGCAUCACAAGGUGGUAUAGGCACUGUUAUUGUAAAAUCACCCCAGCCAUAUACAACUGUGACCAGUUAUGGUCCAUUUGCAGUAGCGUCAACCACUACAAUGGCACCAGCGUACCAAGGCGGCGUAGCCACUGUCGUCGUGGACUUGCCUCAGCCCUAUACAACUACCACAAGCUGGGGUUCCUUCUCAACAGUUGGUACUACUACCUUGUCGCCAAUCUCUCAGGGCGGCGUUGCUACAGUGGUUGUGCAACAACCCCAACCAUACACCACUGUAACUAGCUAUACCACUGUCUCAAGCGUCAGCACCUCUACUAAGACACCUGUUUCAGCCGGUCAGACUGGCACUGUAGUUGUCAUUGCUCCCGCAGUUGGAACAAAGGCUGCAGAUCAAACAUGUACUAACGCUGGUCUGGAAUAUGCUAUUUAUACCAACUCGUUCUACAACGCUGAUCCACCUAAUUACUCUGCCCUCAACGUAGCAUAUUUUGGCACAGCUACACCGACUUACAGUGGUAUUACGAGUUCCAUGGGCAUUACAGAACCGGGAGGAGUAAAGGCAGGAAACUCAGGCCCUGCUCAGGUUAUUUAUCCUGGCUCACCAAGUCAGACGUGGCAGUAUAAGGCUGUCAACCAUCGAGCAUUCCUAUAUGCGCCUAUCAAUGGUACUUACUCUGUUGUUGUCCCAUACUCGGAUGAGAUUACACUGGUUUGGUACGGUAAUAAGGCUUUGUCAUCAUGGACACGUGCCAAUGCAGAUCUGGAGCAGGGUUACUCAUCAGGGCCUUCCAGCUCCAAGACCCUCAAGAUGCAGCUGACAGCGGGUACUUACACACCGUUCCGGGUUUUCUGGGCCAAUGCUCAAGGUGACUAUUCUAUGAUAGUUACUGUUACAGCUCCGGACGGUACUGUAAUUGUUGAUGGCUCUGGGUCUUCGAGUAAAUACUUUGUCAGAUUUGCUUGUGAUUCUAGCAAUCCUACUUAUCCUGCAUUUGGACAUGGUGGUUAA